UCCCCGGGAGAGCUGUUCCGUUCCCAGACCGAAAGGGUGUUUCCGGUCCCAGCAGCUGUUGUUCUGUCAACUGUUUAUCAUUUUGGCUAAGCCUUUUCCUUAACUUAAUUAUCCUAACCUGCUGCGAAAAGUCCAAUCUUACGUUCAUCGAUCACCGGUCCUUCACCUGGGUUUCCACACCCACAAAGUCAAGUUACCACCGCCACAUAGUUGGCUAUAUCGUAAAAAUGUAUGAAAACAAAAAUAUGCCUUAAUUUAAGGUUAGGCAUAAGAUUCCCAGUCUGAGUAAGGUUUAAAAUCACAUUUUAAGAAGAUAAAUUGUAGAUAUAAGCGCGGUGUAUGACUUUGUGGCUGUGGUAACUAGUGACCUCCGCUCCGCCUGCUAAACCAAACACCAACAGAGACUAUAGCAGCGACUGACUGACGGUAUCCCGAAGCAGACAUGGCUGCCACCGGUGUCCUUCCUUUUAUCCGGGGGGUAGACCUAUCUGGAAACGACUUCAAAGGAGGUUACUUCCCUGAGCACGUGAAGUCUAUGAGCAGUCUGAGAUGGCUGAAACUCAACAGGACAGGCCUGUGUUAUCUGCCAGAGGAAGUGGCUGCACUGCAGAAACUGGAACAUCUGUCUGUGCCUCAGUGUGUGUGUGCCUCAGUGUGUGUGUGUGUGUGCCUCAGUGUGUGUGUGUGUGUGCCUCAGUGUGUGUGUGUGUGUGCCUCAGUGUGUGUGUGUGUGUGCCUCAGUGUGUGUGUGUGUGUGUGUGCCUCAGUGUUUGUGUGUCUGUGCCUCAGUGUGUGUGUGUGUGCCUCAGUGUGUGUGUGUGUGUGCCUCAGUGUGUGUGUGUGUGUGCCUCAGUGUGUGUGUGUGUGUGCCUCAGUGUGUGUGUGUGUGUGUGCCUCAGUGUGUGUGUGUGUGCCUCAGUGUGUGUGUGUGUGCCUCAGUGUGUGUGUGUGUGCCUCAGUGUGUGUGUGUGUGCCUCAGUGUGUGUGUGUGUGCCUCAGUGUGUGUGUGUGUGUGCCUCAGUGUGUGUGUGCCUCAGUGUGUGUGUGCCUCAGUGUGUGUGUGCCUCAGUGUGUGUGUGCCUCAGUGUUUGUGUGUGUGUGUGUGCCUCAGUGUGUGUGUGUGUGUGCCUCAGUGUGUGUGUGUGUGUGCCUCAGUGUGUGUGUGUGUGUGCCUCAGUGUGUGUGUGCCUCAGUGUGUGUGUGUGUGUGUGUGUGCCUCAGUGUGUGUGUGUGUGUGUGUGUGUGUGCCUCAGUGUGUGUGUGUGUGUGCCUCAGUGUGUGUGUGUGUGUGCCUCAGUGUGUGUGUGUGUGUGCCUCAGUGUGUGUGUGCCUCAGUGUGUGUGUGUGUGUGUGUGUGCCUCAGUGUGUGUGUGUGUGUGUGUGUGCCUCAGUGUGUGUGUGUGUGUGUGUGUGUGUGUGCCUCAGUGUGUGUGUGUGUGUGCCUCAGUGUGUGUGUGUGUGUGCCUCAGUGUGUGUGUGUGUGUGCCUCAGUGUGUGUGUGUGUGUGCCUCAGUGUGUGUGUGCCUCAGUGUGUGUGUGUGUGUGUGUGCCUCAGUGUGUGUGUGCCUCAGUGUGUGUGUGUGUGUGUGUGCCUCAGUGUGUAUGAACUCUGUGGAU